AUGACUCUACCCCUGGGACGUUCCUACCAACCAAGGGGGGUUAGUCUAGGCGAUGUUUACCCAUUAGUCACCCACUUCGCUUUCACGGACGACCCCAUUGCGCAAAUUGGCGUGCUGCUUGGAAUUCGCCAACGGUUAGAAGGUCGCUUUGUAGGCAGUUUGUACACUAUUCAUAGCGCUGUCAGGGGUUCGGCAAGGUACCUUUUAUUCCCGCGGAAUCGUCAUCAUACGUUUGACGAUUACCUCGACGCUCUCCUGCCUGACGGAGACCCCCAGAAGGGUGUGCUUGGCCAAGUAUGCAAAAUAGAUCGUGAGUUAAGUGAAAUGCGGGAGUUGGCUACUCUAGCGCAGAAUAUCGCUGGCGAACGACUAAGGACACGCCAGGCACGCCUUAGUUGGACUGCCCCCGGAGAAGUAGAAGAUACUAUGCCUUCUGGAUACGAGUCUGGCCAUGCUAUGGACGGUCCAUACUCGCUAGAGGAGAUAAGAAGAGAAGCGAAGUCACUAGAGGGUCUAAAAGGAUAUGACAAUAAUCCUUUAAUUGAGACUAUACAAAAUAGGCAUAAAUACCAUGUAAGGCCGAAGGAGCAAAGAGCAAAGAGCAAAUACAAAACACGCAAGGGGACACGGAAUCGCGGUCAGAUAAUAGAUAUAUGA